UUGAAGACACAUAAUGAAGAAACUGACUCAGUGGAAGAAUCAAGAASAGAUGAUGCUGUUAAUGCCUCUGAGCUUUUGCCAAAGGAGCGUGCUGGASCCCUGGCUCUUUCUGUUGGAAGAGCAAAGCAGUUGAUUUCCUUGUACACGAUGGUGCAAAAUCCAAACAUGACCUACCUGGGGCUGAGUGACCUGGUUGUGCUUCCUCCCCUCUGGGUCAGGUGUGAUGGUUCUGAUCCUGGGCACACCUGCUGGAUUGGAGCUGAGCCUCUCAAGGCUGGAAAUAAARUCACAGGGGUCAAUAUUUACAUCGUUUCAUGUGAUGGUCCUACAGCUGACAAAACCUGUUUUGCAAACCUGGAAGAACUCAAAAUGGAACAUAAAAUAAGACAUCAUUCAUCUGUUGUGACAACAAAGGGAUUUGCUCAGUAUGAACUGAUUGCAGCUGCUGCAAUGGAGGACACCAUUGCAGAAUCUGRAAGCAGUAUCUAUGUGGAUAUUACAUGGAAUGGUGUGGAUAAGAUUCUGGAGACUCCCCCACUGAUCUCAGCUGCCACCCUGAAUAUUGCCCUGGAGUCAGGGGACCCCAGAAGUCCUGUGUUCCAGCUGUACCGAGAACUGCAGUUCSUCUUGACUCUGGCUGAAGGUUUGAAGACGGGUGUGACUGAGUGGCCUGAGCCAUCAGAGUCUGAAUCAGCUCUUAAACUGGUCCAGGAAUUUUUGACUGAUUUAAAGAAGAAGCUGGAUGGUGAUUGUAUAUCUGGAAACAAGAAUGAAACAGAGAAAAUCAAAUGUGACACAGCUGCUGUGGACAGUUGCAUAAAAUCAAUCUUUGGUGAGCGAGGAGACCUGGAUUUUACUGAACAGUUAUGGUGCAAAAUGAAAAGUGUCAGUUCCUAUCAGGAGUUAACAGACUGUUUCACACUGGUUAUAAAAUCCCUGCAACUUGGUGAGAUACAGCCAUGGAUUCAUCAAGGGAGCAGCAGUUUCUUAAGUCAAUUGAUUCAACAGUCCUAUCAUGGAAAGAUGAAAGAYAUUUCCCUCAGUGACAUCAGUCCCAUUCAAAUGCUCCUGGAGAUUGGCUUGGAGAAGAUGAAGAAGGAUUAUGUCAGUUUUUUCAUAGGCCAGGAACUUGCAACAGUAACCUACUUGGAUUACUUCAUUUCCACAUCAGUGGAUCUCCAAGAACAAGUUCACCGUGUMCAAAAGCUUCACCAUAUGCUGGAAAUAAUGGUCAGCUGUACAGGCUUACUCCAGUUCAGACACGAGAACCUCUUUCCUUUGACACAGAUUUGUAUGAAGUACUACAAGGAAAACCCUCUGAAUGAGAAGCAUGUGUUUCAGCUGCCCAUCAGGCCAGCUCUUGUGAAGAAAUUCUAUCAAGAUGAUAACCCUGAAAUCUGGAAGGUAGAGAUAAGUAGUGGGCAUGGACAGAAGGAGGUGAAAACAACGUGGCAAGUCAGUACUAAUCCUCCAGUUGAACACAGGGCAGAAAACAAUUCAGAUCUCUUUUCUGACUCCACAGUAAAUGGAAGCACUGAAGAAAGGCUGUAUUUUAUUACAAUGACUCAGUGCAGUCAGGUGCAGUUCACAUAAGCUGAUGUUACUCUGCAGGCAAGACUGGAAAGGUACAGAAAGGGGGAAAGUUCAGUGGUUUUUGUCCCAACAGAACCUUUGGAAACACUCUGUGCUUCAAACAGUUCGUCAUUACUGGCUUAUUGGCUUUAUUUUACUUAAGAGGGAUCUACACAGCCACAAGUCACCUGUAGGCACCUAAUUCGUUAAAAAUGCAGUGCAAUUAUAUUUUGUAUAAAUAUUUUGUAAAUAGAGUAGAUGCUUUUCAUAUAUUUACAAGCAUUCAAUAAAGUUGUGCACUUUGGGGUUUCGUAUUUUAUUUUUCUUCAUUUAGAAUGCAAUCAGACACUGUUCAAAGUGUGAAUUCUCUUAAYCAACAAACCAAGCAAUAUUGUCAUGUUCUCCUGGUAUCAAGUGAUGUUUCAUCAUCCUGAUGGAUUUGGAAAGCUCUUCACCCAGGGCCAUGUGAUCUUCUGCCACCUUCUUUAUCCCUGUAUUUAUAUUUUGGAGUAUUCUUGGAUAUACUUCUCUCUCCUCUUCAAAUUAUUAUUUUCCUUCAAUGUGAAUUGAGUUAUUUUAACAGUGUUGUCUUGUAUGUUUUCCAUAWUUUUUUGGAAAAAAUCAGUAUAAUUGGCUGGGCAUAAUCAUUUAAAUAUGUUGGCAGUUGCAURUGUUAUGUUGAUUAUUCAGUGAUGUAACAUUUUGGUUGUCUAAUUUUAAACAAUUUCAUAGUUUGAUAUAUACUGACUAAAAAAUUUGAGACAAACAUUUUGCGUUAAAAACUUAACUAUUGGUAAGUAAGAACAAGAAAAACUCCCAAUAUUCAUGCUUUAAAUAUUAUAAAUUAUAUAUUAUUAUUGGUGGAACAUUACAUUUUGGAAGUACUUUUAGAUUACUUAUAACCCUCAUUUUUAUGUGUAAYAUAUUAUGAAGUUGUAUAAGACAAGUCUGGCUCCCUGUAAACUGGACUGGAGAGAUGUGGUUUAAAUCUGAUGCAGAAACUGUCAUCUUGGUUUACUCACUUCAARCAACUCUUCUCCACACCUAAAUAGCAAGGUAUAUAUUCUCCUAACUUUUAGACUUGCAUAAGUUAACAUUUAAGUGCUCUGGGAACAUUUAAGUCCUUUUAUAUUUUAAAAUCCUGUGUUUGUCUUUCUUCAAAUAGCAAUUACAUGGUAAUCAAACUUCUAUUGAUGAACAGACUGAAAUCAGAAUUUGCAAGCAGCUUUUAAUCACUUGAAAUUUGUACUGUCAAGAUUUGAAUCCCUUUAAUCUUAACUAUUUUUUCUGGUGAACCAAAUGUGUAAYAGUUUCCAAAAUAAUAAAGUUUGUAAAAUCUGCUACUUAGAAUUAGUGGAAAGUAAUGCRGGAAGAGAAUGGUAAAAACAGAAAGAUGUUUUGGGAAUUGAAUAGAAAAAAUACUAAAAGCUC